CUGUACCUCUCACAUCGGAUCAACCUCCAAAGCAAAAUAUUCAAAAACAUUUUGGCACUCUUCUCUCAGAAAUCGUUGACACAAUCUUUUUGUCUAUCACUGUCUUUUUAGCUCUGAAAAUUCAAAAUCCACAAGCAAUGGGGACCUCUCAGAGCCGCGAGGACUAUAUCUCAGACUCCGAUGACUACAAAGAAGAAGAAGAAGACGAAGAAGAAGAAGAAGAGGAGGAGGACCAAUACGCUGACGCUGAGGCUCACCAAGUAACUCCUCAUUUUGCUUCGGCAUCCAAAUCCAAAUCCAAAACCCUAACCUCCCUCGACGAUGUCGAUGCCAAGCUCAAAGCCCUCAAGCUUAAGUACGGUUCUCCCUGUCCUUCUCCGUCUCCUUCUUCUUCUUCGAACCCUAAUUCGAAGAACGCCGUGAAGCUCUACCUUCACAUCGGCGGCAACACUCCCAAGGCUAAGUGGAUCGUCUCCGAGAAGCUUACCUACUACGCUUUCAUCAAGACCUCCAAUUUUGACGCUGAAAAUGACGAGGAUGAUGAUGAUGAUGAAUCGGACGGUAAGGGACAGUCCUCGUGGGUUUUGAAGGUCGGUUCCAAGGUUCGAGCUAGGGUUUCGACCGAGAUGCAAUUGAAAAUGUUCGGCGAUCAGCGGCGCAUCGAUUUCGUGUGCAAAGGUGUUUGGGCUCUGAAAUUCUUGACCGACGAGCAGUACCGGAGAUUCGUGACCGAAUUUCAGGACUGCUUGUUUGAGAAUGUGUACGGAAUUAAAGCGACGGAGGAAAAUAAGGUCAAAAUUUAUGGGAAGGAGUUUCUAGGGUGGGUUAAGCCGGAAGCUGCGGACGACUCUAUGUGGGAAGAUGCAGAGGAUGAGCUUGGAAAGAGUCCCGGGCCGGCGACGCCUCUGCGGUCCAACCAGGACUUGUUGGAGGAGUUCGAGGAGGCUGCGAAUGGUGGGGUACAGAGCUUGACUCUUGGUGCUUUGGAUAAUAGCUUCUUGGUGAACGAUAGUGGCGUUCAGGUUUAUAGGAAUUUGAGACAUGGGAUUCAUGGGAAAGGUGUUUGUGUGAAAUUCGAUGGUGGGAAUUCUAGGGGAAGUUCAAGUUUAAGCGAAUCGACCCCCAAAAAGGCACUCCUUAUGAGGGCCGAGACUAAUAUGCUCCUAAUGAGUCCAUUGAAGGAUGGGAAACCACACGGCAGAGGGCUUCAGCAGCUUGAUAUCGAAACGGGGAAGAUUGUGACGGAGUGGAAGUUUGAGAAGGAUGGCACGGAUAUUACGAUGAGAGAUGUCACGAAUGAUACGAAAGGGUCACAAUUGGAUCCCUCAGAGUCGACGUUUUUGGGGUUGGAUGAUAAUAGGCUCUGUCAGUGGGAUAUGCGUGAUAGGAGUGGAAUGGUUCAGAAUAUUGCUGCUGCGAGUUCGCCAGUCUUGCAUUGGAACCAGGGUCAUCAGUUUUCGCGAGGGACAAAUUUUCAGUGCUUUGCAACGACCGGAGAUGGUUCUAUAGUUGUUGGGUCUCUUGACGGGAAGAUAAGGUUGUAUUCGAAGACGUCAAUGAGACAGGCAAAGACUGCUUUUCCAGGUCUUGGAUCGCCCAUUACACAUGUUGAUGUUACUUUUGAUGGGAAAUGGAUAUUAGGCACUACGGAUACGUAUUUGAUCCUCAUCUGCACCCUGUUCACUGACAAGGAUGGAAAGACGAAAACUGGAUUUAGUGGUCGAAUGGGUAAUAGGAUACCAGCUCCAAGAUUGUUGAAACUGACUCCUUUAGAUUCACAUUUGGCGGGUACAGACAAUAAAUUCCAUGGUGGCCAUUUUUCAUGGGUAACUGAGAAUGGUAAACAAGAGCGCCACUUAGUUGCAACAGUGGGUAAAUUCAGUGUGAUAUGGGAUUUCCAGCGGGUGAAGAAUAGUGGACAUGCAUGUUAUCACAAUCAGCAAGGCCUCAAGAGCUGUUACUGCUAUAAGAUUGUGUUGAAGGAUGAGUCUAUCGUAGAGAGUCGAUUCAUGAAUGACAAGUUUGCUUUCAGUGACUCCCCAGAAGCUCCACUUGUGGUGGCAACGCCCUUGAAAGUCAGCUCGAUCAGCCUUGCUGGCAAAAAAUGAUAUUUGCUUUACCCUGUGUGUAUGCGUUGUCAUACAUGCCGUGCAUUCAGGAUUGCUUGGACUUUUCCUCGUGUAAUUAGAUGUGUUUCCUCUCUGUUCCUUUGUUUUUUUUUUUUUUUUUUUUUUUUUUUUUUUUUUUUUGGGAUCAUAUCCAUUUUUUAGUUUAGUUUGGCUUCUGCUUGUAUUUACGUGAGUUGUUUGCUUAUUUUCACACCUGUAAAUCGGGAUAGGGUACAUUUUAGUCGUGCAUUGGCAAUGUUAAAUUCUCUUUUUAAUACAAAUUACAAUCGCCCAUUGAUCUUGA